UGCUUAGCGGAGCGGUUGCCUGGAGACCGGUAACGCCGCGCUGGAUGUGGCCCUAGAUAAAGAGGACAUGUCAUCUCCAAAUGAAAAGGAGGGAGCAGAUGAGAAGGCAGCAGAAGGUACACAGGCAGAUCACAGCAGUGCCCAAGAAAGCAAAAGUAGUCUUCCAAAGGAAUCACCAGCUGGAGAGGAAGAAGAGGAAGAUGUGGAGCAUGUGGAAACAGAUACAGAGAGCAUUGGUGCGGAUGAUUUGGAAGAACAAGAUAAUACUGAAGUAUCCCCAAAAGAAGAAAAAACCCCUGAGAGGAAAGAAAAGAAAAUCUCAGAAACUUUCUUCUAUAGUUAUGAAGAUAUAUGUUCACGGCCAUUUGUCACUGAAGACUCAGGGAUACCAAUUAACCUUCUUACUCUGAAAUAUUCUUUUGGAUAUGACUGCAUCAGAAGUGUAAACCUGAUGGUGAUGGAUAGCCAAAGCCUACUCUAUGUAGCAGGCAACCAAGUGGUGAUUCUGGACCUGAAAACUAAAUCUCAGAGUUACCUCCGGAGCAGCAGUGGAGGUGGAAUUGGGUUUAUUGCGGCACACCCUACUAAGCAGUACUUUGCAGUGGGAGAAAAAGGAGAGAAACCAAACCUCAUCAUCUACGAUUAUCCUUCACUGAGGCCUUACAGAAUACUACGAGAUGGAACAAAAAAAGGCUAUGUUUUUGGUGAUUUCAACCAUACUGGCACUCUGCUGGCCAGUAUUGGAAGCAGCCCUGACUACAUGUUGACUAUCUGGGACUGGAAACAAGAAAAGAUUGUGUUAAGGUCAAAAGCUUUCUCACAGGAUGUUUACAGAGUCACGUUUUCUCCAGAUAACGAAGAACAGCUAACUACAGCUGGAGUAGGACACAUCAGGUUCUGGAAGAUGGCUCACACAUUCACUGGUCUCAAGUUACAAGGAGCUUUGGGUAGGUUUGGAACAACAGCAGUGACUGACAUUAUAGGGUAUGUGGAGCUGCCCGACGGGAAGGUCAUCUCGGGGGCUGAGUGGGGCAACUUGCUGCUUUGGGAAGGGGGCCUCAUCAAAGUAGAGCUCUGUCGAGCUGGACACAAGCCUUGUCACAAUGGCCCUGUCAGCCAGAUAGUUCUGGAUGAAGGAGAACUUAUCACUGUUGGAAAAGAUGGCUUCAUUCGGGUAUGGAACUUUGAGGCAGUAGAUCCUGCUGAUUCUGUGGAUGAGAAAGGGUUAUUGGAGAUAGAGCCUAUGAAUGAACUUCGAGUUGGCAAAAAUGUCAGUCUAAGUUUCAUGUGUAAAAUUCAUGACUGUGGACAGCCCUUUUGGUAUGCUCAGGAUGCCAAUGGAAAGAUCUGGAAGCUGGAUUUGACUUUUUCAAACAUAACCCGUGAUCCAGAGUGCCUCUGCACCUUUCACUCUAGAAGGAUUGAGGCCAUGAGUGUCUCUCCCAUGACAUACCUUGUGGCCACCACUGCUCUUGACCGGUCAGUGCGUAUCUAUGAUUUCAUCAGCAACAGUCAACAGAGUGAAAUUAAAUUUAAACAAGGAGGAACAGCAUUGUCAUGGGCACCUCAUGUUGUAAAUCCUAAAGGAAGUCUAAUUGCUGUGGGGUUUGAAGAUGGUGUUGUCCGUAUAAUUGAAGUUUAUGAUCCCAAAGGACUUCCCACUCUUGCAGAACAGCCCAAUAUAAGAAAUGCAGGGAUAAAUCUGAAACAAGCUUUUAAACCUCAUACUACUGCAGUCACAGCCUUGGCAUAUGAACGAAAUGGAGAUGUCUUUGCCACAGGGAGUAAAGACAAAACAGUUUUCUUUUUUGCUGUUGAAGAUGAAUACAAGCCAAUAGGAUUCAUCCAUGUCCCUGGGGCUGUGCAGGCAUUACAGUGGUCUCCACCUUCUCAUGUGGAGAGCAUGCUUCUCAUCCUUUGUGAGAAUGGAUAUGUUCUCCAGGUUCCUGCCCCUCUCCCUGAGAAACAGGAAACAGCAUCCACCUACCAUAUCAAAAACCUGCCAACACAGUACUUUCAUUUUUAUAGCAUUAAAUCCCGAAUCAAGCUGGAAGAGGAGAUUGCACUGAGGGAGAGAAAAAAGCAAGAGAAGGAAAAAGCAAAACUCGAACGGAUAAGGCAGCUACAGGAGAUGGGAAAGGAGGUGGAAGAAGAAGAACCCGAAGAAGAAGAAGAGCCAUUGCCGUCAAUCUACAUACCAGAGGAGCCCAGCCCCAUUCUCUGUGGGUUUUAUUCAGCACCUGGGAAAUUUUGGCUUUCCUUGGGCGGAUAUGACUCAGGUUUCCUUUAUCACUGUGCAUUCUCCUCAAAUGAGCACCAAGAAGACCCUGAAAACAGGCAAGAUGAACCUUUUGAAGUGAUUCCUAUUGAGGACACUGAUGACAACCCCAUCCACCAGAUCUCCUUCUGUACCAGCAGACUACUGAUGUUCUGUGGGAUGCAGAAUGGUGCCCUACGUGUUUAUCCUCUCCAAGAUAAAGACCUCUCAGCGAACACCCUGAAGGCAUACUGGUCGUUCAGUGUACAUGACAAUGAUUAUGGCCAGAUCCGGGGGAUCUGCUGUAGUUAUGAUGAUAGGUUUCUGAUUACCUGUGGAGGAGAUGGGAACAUUUUUACCUUCAACAUCUUGUCUCCAGAGGAUGUUCAUGAAGAGUUAAAAGCCCAAAUCCCUCCUCCUAGGAUGGGUCUACUGAAGGAGAAGGCUGCUGAAGACAUUGAGGAUCCCAGUGCUUGCAACAUUGAGGAAGUCAAGCAGAAAAAGGAGUAUGAACGGAUCAUGAAAGAAGCUGAAGACAAGAAAAGCAAGAAAAGAGAGGAGUUAAUAGCACUAAGACAGGAGUUUCUUUUUCUGCUUCAAAAGAAUCAGGAGUUACCAAAGCACAUGCAACUGCAAAGAGAGCAGUAUGAGAUAGACCGUAGGGUCUUCGAGGAGCUGAAUAGGCAGACUGCACAAAGAAUCCAAUUAGUGGAAAAGGAACUAGCUUGGGAGCAUGAGAAACACUUGAUUGGACUGCAGAAAUUACAGAAUUGGUUUCGAGGCUCACUGGAAUUUGAUACUGUUGUUGUUCGUGCUAUUCAAAGCCAUCAUCAGAUUUCCACCUAUAGACUUGUAGCAGUCUCUGAGGAGUACUACCAAGAUAAGGAACGUCCAUCUUGGAGGAAGACAGUACUUAAACGGGCAUGGAAAAAAGAGGAAAAAAAGGAGACCAUCAGAGAUAGAAAGUCUAUCAUUGUCAAGGGGGAAGCUGAUCAACUGAUGUCAAAGGUCCAAAAGCCAACAACACGUUUUAUAGAAAUGAAACGUGAGCAAAUCAGAAGAAUUGUUGAGAAAUCUGACAAGGAGAAAGCUAAGAUAAUGAAGAGGAAGGAAGAGUGGGAAAAACUAUAUGAAAGCAAGCCUGGUGAUGACUAUGAGGAUCCCAGAGAUGUUCAGGCCAUCAAAGAAGCACAGGAAAAUAUGGGGUGUUACAAGCUGAAAACUGCCAGGGAUUACAGAGUGCCUGAGGACAAGUGUAUGAACACUGAAAAGAGGACGAUGCAGCUUGCAUCCCUGGAAGUGCUGAUCUAUAAGAAGAAGGUGAAUAUGAACAAACAGAUUAUGUCUCUGAGGGACUUUAAGGUUUCUAUUAUUGAAGAAAUCAAGUGUUUAUUGCAAGAAUUGAAAUCCGUGCAGGCAGCAUUAGAUUUAUCAGAACGUCUCCCUCUUCCCCUGAUUCCUCAAUUACACCCAGAUGAAGUUCCAGAAAAAAGAUUUGAGUACGACCAUGACAUCCUACUGAAAUUCAGAGAGAAGCAGGCAGCCAAGGCAACGCUUCAAGAACAAUUGGAAGAGUCUCCCUCAUCUGGUGCAUUUAGGAAUAGUUUUAAAUCUUCCCAUAAGGAAACUGGCUCUCUACAACAGACUGCAAGCUCACCCACGAUGAAAAGAUCGUCAUCUAUGGUCACAGAGCAGCAAAAGAUUUUUGUAAUUGAGAAAGCAGAGCCAACAGAAAUAGAACAGGAAAUUUUAAAGAAGGAGAAGAUAAAAAACCUAUACUUGCAGAAGACCUUAAUUAAUAAGAUAAAUGCACUGGUAACCAACUUUGAUGCUGAACUGCGCUUUCUGCGGCACAAGAAACUGCAGCUAGAUGUGCAGAUGAAAUAUGCUGACUUGAGAUACAUCACUUGGUUUGAAGAGCUGCUUAUCCUGAAGAAUGCUGAGAAAAAUGAGAACAUUCUCCAGGGGCAUGUUAACACCCUCCAGAGUGAGCAGGAGGCCAUGCAAAUGAAAAAGAUGAGAGUGAAGACGAGAGCGAUGAAGAGUCCAGCCUGGAGAGUGAUGAAGAAGAUGCUGGAUCUGAAGAUGAAAUUUUUGACAUCUCUGUUUGCCCAGAGAGUAGCUAAGCCAUCAUUUCCUUGGGUUGACUACUUGAUCAGCUUUAGAGCAGUGCUGUGCUUUUAAAAAGGAAUUUUUUCAUUAUUCUCUUCACAUCGAUGCCAAAAAGAGCCAGAAUGUGUGCACUCCUGGCUGCACCAUUUCUCCCCAGUAAAUCUCAGUGAAGAUAAGGAAAAUGUUGAUGGUAUAGGGUACCAUAAUUAAAAAGUUUGGAAAAAUAAAUCUUAGCUAAGUGCUAAGAAUUAAUUAUUUUGUGUAAAGAACCAUUUGCCAUUUCACAGCUGUUUUCUGGGGAGAAGAGGCUCCUCGUAGGAGUAGAGUUGGAAUGAGGCUGUAGUUGCUCUCUGGAAACCUUCUGCCAAGCAUAGCUGGAUCCUUGUUUAGGGAAGUUAUGUGGGGACCCUGCUGCAGCGUUGAAUUAAGCUCUUUGUUACCACCUUGUGGAUUUAUGCAGGAAUUGCCUGCUGCUAGGCUUCUCUCUGUUUGAAAAAGUAAUGGCAUUACUUUGCAAAAUUCUCUUGACUCAUUCAUUCAUACAGCAAAGGAAUCUCUUUUUUAAGAUCUUUGAGUGACAUAUUAGUGAGCACUUAACAACACUGCUUUAUUUUCAGUUCAAAUGUAACCAGCAAGUUACCGGAUUUUUUUUUUUUUAAUAGAAUUUUUAUUAACCCCUUGCCCAUCUCUUUUCAAUGCAUUAUUGGAAGUACAGCAUUUUUACUUUUUAUUGAAAAAAUCCAAAUUACUCAUUUAAUGGGGGAAUUACACAUUGCAUUAACAUCUUCAUAUUUGUGUCUUUAAGUGUAAUUCUUAGCCUUUAUUGGACUUUUUUUAAUAGGAACUGAUGAGUGUUUUGUGCUGACAAUGCUGAAUUGAUUGGCAUGACAGAUACCACUGCACCAGCCAGAACUUUGCAGGUCCUAUGAACCACAGCUUUCUUUACAAGUAGAACUAGAUCCACACAAGAAGAUCACCACAGAAAGUCCAUCAUUUAUAGUUAAAGAUGCUAUGGAUAAAUAUCUACAUGUUCACAUAACUAAAGAUUGUAUUCUAACAUGUUAAUUACCAGGACUAACUGUGUUACAAAAGCUAACUUUUGCCUUAAUGCUGGCUUUGAUGUGUUAAGUUUUACUUCUGGAAACAAAAUGUCUUGACUGAAUAUAAAGAAAAAAGAUCCAUCCAAGACAUUGGCUCCUUCACAGAGGAAUUUGAUCUACAGGGCUUUUGUUUGAGAAAGCCCUAAGGAACCAAGGGCAUUAUAGAGAAUGCUGGGAAACCUGCACCAUCAGGGGAGCUACUAAAUCAAGCUUAAAUUGUAGAGUUAUAAGAAAACUAAGCUAUCUUCUGAUCCUUUCCUUCUCAGACUGUGAUAAGGCACUCUUCCAAAACACCAUCCAGCUCCGGGAAAAGUGGUUAGACAUUAAGGAAGCUUUAAUAAGGGAGAAGAAAGUUGC